UAUAAAAUACAUGGCAUACAUUUUUAAUUUUCUUACGUACCAAUAGAUUCUGUCUUUCUAAGUUAGUUUUUUUCUGUUUUUCUAUAUUAAUUGUUUCUCUGUUAAAUUACAUGAAACAAAAAUACAAAGUUAUCCAAACAAUUAUCUUGUACGAAGUUAAGGAUGUUAGGGUCGUAGAGGUCUGGUGUCUAUAGCACAGAUUUGUACAGUAAUGUGGUUGCAGCGGAAAUGUAAUGCCCGAAGUAGUUAGCAACUUUGAACUUGCACAUAAAUAGAAUGAUAAUAAUCAUAUCUCUCUCAAGUAUAUGCGAGUUGAACACUAUAUAGUCCUCAGGUCUAAUGAUUUUACUAAUUCGAGAUUCUAAUUGCAAUUACCUUUUUUGCAUGUUUCUGCACAUUCUUAUUUCUAGCAAUGUACGCAGAUAUUUUGUUAUUAUCUCUCCUUCCCCUCCUAUUAUCUCCUCCUUCCCCUCCUCUCCUCUAUCUCGGAACCUCCUCUUCCUUCUAAUUCUUCUAAGGUGUGGUCCAUUGAUUCUUCUCUUGCUUUCUUCGCCUUACGUUAGUUUGUCUUUUGGAAUGUAUAUUGCUUCUUCGGAAUGGGUUUGCCUCUUGUUUGAAUUUGGUUUUUCACAUAACAAAGAUUAUUCUUCUCCCAGGAGUAGGAUACCCAUGGACAACUGAAAGCUCCUUUCUGAUGUUAUUUUGUGAUUCUUGUUUUGUGUUUCCUUUUUCAUUCUAAAUUGCGGCUAGUCUUGUAUUGGUUGUGUCUGUACUCGAAUAUGUAUUUGAAUUCGAUUUGGAAUGCGAAUUUGUUUUGAAAUUACCUCUGGAACAACCUUAGGCUUUCGUGAAUAAUGUGGGACAUCCCCCAAGUCAGGGAUCUAGUAAGCUAUACAGCCGAGCCCACCUAUAAACAACCUACAGGGUGAGCACCGGCAUGGACAAACAAUUUUGGAAGGACUCCUGUUCUGAAGAAAACUUCAGUCAAUGCACGUUAGGUCGUCUGCCUCCUUGUUUUGAGCUUUUCAACUGCAGAAAGUUCCAUUUCGGACUGGCAACUGGGUCUGAAGACUAUGCUCGGAAGAAGUCUAGUUCGGGAGAGAGGUCAAGCUAACAAGGGAGCCCACUCUCCACACCCCCCAACGAGGCAGUAAAAACUGCUUGUUUGGUGAAAACUCUCGGAACAAUGCCUGUACGAAGGGGCAAGAUCGCCAUCAAGCUUGAUCUUGGAGUCUGAAAAACACAUUAUACCAAAGACACCUGAUGAGCUGCUUGAAGUGCUCAAGGAUUUAUGCCUUAUCAGGCAAGAGGGAUGGUGGUCGUAUGAAUUUUGUUACCAGAAAAAGCUGCGACAAAUUCAUUUGGAGGAUGAGAAGAUGGUUCAAGAAUUUGUCUUGGGGUGCUAUGACAGUGAAGCUACUACGGAUCUGAGCAAACAAACCUCACCUCAAUUUCUCGUGGCUGAUUUGUUAAAUCACAGACAGUUCCAUUUGUAUAUACAAAUGAGCGUGAUAUCUUUGUGAAGCAUCUUUUGAGCCUCGCUCAAAAGAUGCUCAUACUGUUCAUUGUCCAACACUUAUUGUUGAUCCCGAGGCAUGCAAUUUGAAGUUUUGAACUGCUUUUCAUAGGUGUGCUGCUUGAAAUGAAUUAGUCUAUUGUUGAGCGAUUGAAAUGACAUUGGUUAAUUGUAUAUGUAUUUGUAUUAGAUUUUGAACUACUUGAAGAACCAAUAUUAA